CUGGCAGUCACACGGAGUUUCCAUGGAGACCGAGGCUGGGCCCUGGCGGCCUCGAGGCGUUACCAUGGAGACAGGUCCCGGACUGCGGCUCCCCAGCCCCAGCUCGCUGCUGCCUCAAAGCCCCGCGGAGCCGCCGCGCGAGGCCGGAGCCGGAGCCACCGCGGCGGCUGCCCGCUGGGACCCGCGGAGACACUCGCUGCUCAUCGUGAUCGGCGACAUCGGCACGGAGAGUCAGCUGAGGGCCGUGCGGGCCCACCUAGAGCAAGGGAUUCUCUCCUGGAACAUUGACUUAUCAUCCUUUGAUUUGAACCAACAACUGAGACUCUUCAUUACCCGGCACCUAGCUCACUUCUCUUCAGAGGUCAAAGGCCAGAGGACCCUCUGCCACCAGAGUGAAACCCUAGAGACCGUCAUCCUGGUAAACCCGAGUGCUGACAGCAUCAGCUCUGAGGUUCACCAUCUACUUAGCAGCCCAUCAGCUCACAAGCUACUGAUCUUGAGCGGGCAGAGUUUAGAGCCAGGGGGAGACCUCAUCCUACAGAGUGGUACCUACUCCUACCAAAACUUUGUCCAGGUUCUUCACAACCCAGAGAUUGCCCAGUUGCUCAGCAAUAGAGACCCCGGGAUCCAGGCCUUCCUCACCGUAUCCUGCUUAGGGGAGGGUGAUUGGAGCCACCUGGGACUAUCCAGUUCCCAAGAGACCCUGCAUCUCCGGCUAAACCCUGAGCCCACGCUGCCCGCCAUGGAUGGUGUGGCCGAGUUCUCCGAGUAUGUCUCUGAGACCGUGGACGUGCCAUCCCCCUUUGACCUGCUGGAGCCCCCCACCUCGGGGGGCUUCCUCAAGCUCUCCAAACCUUGCUGCUACAUCUUCCCUGGCGGCCGCGGGGACUCUGCCCUUUUUGCCGUCAAUGGUUUCAACAUCCUAGUGGACGGUGGCUCCGAUCGCAAAUCCUGCUUCUGGAAGCUGGUGCGGCACCUGGACCGCAUUGACUCGGUGCUGCUCACGCACAUCGGGGCAGACAACCUGCCAGGCAUCAAUGGCCUCCUGCAGCGCAAAGUGGCAGAGCUGGAGGAGGAGCAGUCCCAGGGCUCCAGCAGCUACAGCGACUGGGUGAAGAACCUCAUCUCCCCUGAGCUUGGGGUUGUCUUCUUCAACGUACCGGACAAGCUGCGGCUGCCUGAUGCCUCCCGGAAGGCCAAGCGCAGCAUCGAGGAGGCCUGCCUCACCCUGCAGCACCUAAACCGCCUGGGCAUCCAGGCCGAGCCUCUGUACCGCGUGGUCAGCAACACCAUUGAGCCGCUGACCCUCUUCCACAAGAUGGGUGUGGGUCGGCUCGACAUGUACGUCCUCAACCCUGUCAAGGACAGCAAGGAGAUGCAGUUCCUUAUGCAGAAGUGGGCAGGCAAUAGCAAAGCUAAGACAGGCAUCGUCCUGUCCAAUGGAAAAGAGGCUGAGAUCUCGGUGCCCUACCUGACCUCUAUCACUGCUCUGGUGGUCUGGCUGCCAGCCAACCCCACGGAGAAGAUUGUGCGUGUGCUUUUUCCGGGAAACGCUCCCCAGAAUAAGAUUUUGGAGGGCCUGGAAAAACUCAGGCACUUGGACUUCCUACGCUACCCUGUGGCCACACAGAAGGACCUGGCGGCUGGGGCCGUGCCUGCCAACCUCAAGCCCAGCAAAAUAAAACAGCGGGCUGACAGCAAGGAGAGCCUCAAGGCCACUACUAAGGCGGCAGUGAGCAAGCUGGCCAAACGGGAGGAAGUGGCUGAAGAGGGAGCCAAGGAGGCCCGCUCAGAACUGGCCAAGGAGUUAGCCAAGACAGAGAAGAAGGCAAAGGAGUCCUCUGAAAAGCCCCCAGAGAAGCCUGCCAAGCCUGAAAGGGUGAGGACAGAGUCGAGCGAGGCGUUAAAGGCAGAGAAGCGAAAGCUGAUCAAAGACAAGGUGGGGAAGAAGCACCUGAAAGAAAAAAUAUCAAAGCUGGAAGAGAAAAAGGACAAAGAGAAAAAGGAGAUCAAGAAGGAGAGGAAGGAGCUCAAGAAAGAUGAAGGAAGGAAGGAGGAGAAGAAGGAUGCCAAGAAAGAGGAGAAGAGGAAAGACAUCAAACCUGAGGUCAAGAAGAUUUCCAAGCCAGACCUGAAGCCCUUUACCCCUGAGGUACGUAAGACCCUCUACAAAGCCAAGGCUCCUGGCAGAGUCAAGAUGGACAGGAGCCGGGCUGCCCGUGGGGAGAAGGAGCUGCCUUCUGAGCCGCGGACACCCCCAGCCCAGAAGGGGGCUGUGCCACUUCCAACAGUCAGUGGGCACAGGGAGCUGGCCCUGUCCUCACCAGAGGACCUCACACAGGACUUUGAGGAGAUGAAACGUGAGGAGAGGAGGUUACUGGCUGAACAAAGGGACACAGGACUAGGAGAGAAAUCUUUCCUUGCAGACCCGGCACAGGAGGGACUCCCAAGCCCAGCUGCCCAGGGGACAUCACCCUCUGCCCCAGGGCUGGAACAAGAAGAGCCUUUGAUAAAAGAGAAAGAGGUUGUACCAAACAUCCCUGAGGGACAAGGCAGCAAGGACAGAAGCACAAACUUUGGGGUUGAGACAGAGAAAGAGAAAGACACGUGGGAAGAAAAGAAGCAGAAGGACACAGAAAGCCUCCCUGAUCGAACAGAAGCCAGAGAGGAAAGCGAGCCUGAGGUAAAGGAGGAUGUGAUAGAGAAGGCUGAAUUAGAAGAAAUGGAGGAAUUACACCCUUCAGAGGAAGAGGAAGAGGAAGAGACAAAGGCUGAGAGCUUUUACCAAAAACAUAUGCAGGAAGCUUUGAAGGUAGCUCCAAGGCUCAGGGAGGCUGUUGGGGGCCGGGAACUGGGACUCCAGGGCAAGGCUCCUGAGAAGGAGACCUCAUCAUUCCUAAGCAACUUGACCACACCUGCUGGAGCCACUGAGCAUGUCUCUUACAUCCAGGAUGAGACGAUCCCUGGUUACUCAGAGACGGAGCAGACCAUCUCAGAUGAGGAGAUCCACGAUGAGCCGGAGGAGCGCCCAGCUCCUCCUAGAUUUCCUACCAAUGCUUAUGAUCUCCCUGGGCCUGAAGAGCCCGGCCCCUUUGAGGUCAGUCCGCCUGCAGAGAGUGUUGUUCCUGUCACCUCCAGCAAAGGCUACGGAGCACCAGAGACUGAACUCACCUAUCCCCCCAACAUAGUGGCCGCCCCUUUGGCUGAAGAGGAGCACGUGUCUUCAGCGACCUCCAUCACUGAGUGCGACAAGCUUUCUUCCUUUGCCACGUCUGUGGCUGAGGACCAGUCUGCGGCUUCACUCACCGCUCCCCAGACGGAGGAGACAGGCAAGAGUUCCCUACAGCUCGACACGGUCACAAGCAUCCCGUCAUCCCGCACGGAAGCCACUCAGGGCUUGGACUAUGUGCCGUCAGCCGGUACCAUCUCACCCACCUCCUCUCUGGAAGAAGACAAGGGCUUUAAGUCACCACCUUGUGAGGAUUUCUCCGUGCCUGGGGAGUCAGAGAAGAGAGGAGAGAUUGUAGGGAGGGGCUUGCCUCGAGAAAGAUCUGUGGAAAAGGGAGGGGAGACCACACCUGUACAGAUAUCGGAGAAACUUCACGGUCAGUAUGGAGCCCCAAUGUUCGGUGCUCCCGGGCACCACCCCUAUCCGGGGGAGCCGGCCCUCGGAGAACUCGAGGAGCGCUGCCUCAGUCCGGAUGACAGCACGGUGAAGAUGGCCUCUCCUCCAGCAUCUGGCCCACCCAGCGCCACCCACACACCCUUCCAUCAGUCCCCGGUAGAAGAAAAGUCUGAGCCCCAAGACUUCCAGGAAGCAGGCCCCUGGGGAGACAUGAGGCACACACCAGGUGCAGGCAAGGAAGAUGCUGGGCAGGAGACAACCAAGCCGGGGCCUAAAGAGAACACGCUAGAGAAGAGAGAAAAGGUGCUUCCUCCCAGGAGCCCCCAAGCUCCGGAAGCUGCCGACAGCAUUGUUGGGGAACAUGCCGGCUACACUCUCCACCUAUUGCCAGAACAGGAUAAAGCAAUGGUCUUUGAGACUGUGGGGGCACGAGAGCCCACGGGCACAAUUCUGGGGACAGAAGCCCUUCUGAAAGAUGUGAAGACCUCACUCCAAGCACCUGGUGAACCUCAGAAAGACGAGAUGCUCCAAUUUCAUGACCAAAGCCUCUCCCCUGAUGAUGCAGAGUCCCUCUCUGUCCUCAGCGUGGUCUCUGCAGACACUGCCCACCAGGAAGCGCCCAGGUCUCCUUAUGGCCUAACAGAGCAGCACUUACACAAAGACCUUUGGCCACAGGUAUCUCCAGAAGACACCCGGUCACUUUCUUUCUCAGAAGAGAGUCCCAGCAAGGAGACCUCUCUGGAUAUCUCUUCUAAGCAGCUAUCUCCAGAAAAUCUUGGCACUCUCCAGUUUGGGGAACUAAGCCUUGGAAAGGAAGAAAAGGGGCCUCCGAUGCAGGCUGAGGACACUUCUCAGCACUUAGCCCCUGCGUCUGUUCCAGGACCCCGUGCUGCCACAGCGUCUCCUUCCACACAAGGGAGCACUGGACACUCUGCACAGACAGACAUCACAGAUGAGAGCCCUGAUGGAAAAUUACCUUCCAGCUCUUUCCCUCACUCCACACUGCUGGGAGAUGGGAAGCACUCACCUAAAGUGAUCACAAGCCAAGGGGAGCACAUUCUAACACCUGAUAGCUCCCUCACCAAGAGUCCCGAGUCUUUGCCAAGCCUUGCCAUGGAAGACAUUGCCAUGAAGUGGGAAGGUCAAGUUCCAGAACUGAAAGACAGAACCCCAGAGAAGAAGGACAAAGGACCUGACCCAAAGGAUGAAGUCCCACAGCAGAAGGGCAAAACUCUGGAGCAGACGGAUACAGCCAUCCAUCAGAAAAGCGAGGCUCUGGAAGAAAAGAACAAGGUUAUGGAACAGCAGGAUAAGGCUUUAGAGCAAAAAGUCAGAGACUUAGAACCAAAAGACAGAGUUCCAGAGGACAAGGUCUUUGAACUGAAGGGCAAGACCUUAGAACAGACAGACAAGGUCCCUGAACAGAGGGCCAAGGAUCAGGAACAGAAGGACAAAGCCUUGGAACAGAAGUAUCAGGCCUUAGAACAAAAAUACUGGGCUUUAGGACAGAAGUAUGAAGAACUGGAACAAAACAAUAAAGCUCUUAAACAGAAAGAUAAGGCUCUGGAAGAGGACAAAACUCAAUAUCUGGGGAGCCCAACGCAGGAGAAAACCAUGAAACAAAAGGAGAAGAUCCUAGAGGAAAAAUCCUCAGAAAAAGGUGAAGCUGUGAGGCAGAAGGAAGAAGCUCUGCUGGAAAAGACCAAAGCUCUGGGGCUGGAAGAGAGCCCUGGGCAGGAGGACAGGAAGUACUGGAUGGAGCAGGGUGCCGUCCAGGAGUGGAGAAAAACAUCUUCGACCGGAGAGGAGCCAGCGGGAGAACAGAAAGAAUUUACCCGGACAUGGGAAGACACGUCAUCUGAGCAGGAGGACAGGUACUGGAGGGGCAGAGAGGAUGUAGCCCAGGAACAGGACACGUACUGGAGGGAGCUGAGCUGUGAGCGGAAGAUCUGGUACCCGCAUGAGCUGGAUGGUCAGGGAGUCCAGCCGCGGUACACAGAGGAGCGGGAGAGCACUUUCCUCGACGAGGGGCCAGAUGAUGAGCAAGAAGUGCCCCCCGUGGAGCAUAUGCCCCAGAGCCCAUGGGCCUCAGGCUUCAAGGGUUUCCAGGAGUCCUCAUCGCAGAAAGGGCUGGAGGUAGAGCGGUGGCUUGCUGAGUCACCGGUUGGGCCGCCACCAGAGGAAGAAGACAAGCUUACCCGCUCCCCUUUUGAGAUCAUCUCUCCUCCGGCCUCCCCACCUGAGAGGGUUGGACAGAGGGUCCCUCUGGCCCCAGGACCAGAGACCCCGGCCCUAGAGCCUAAGACUAAGCCACCCGUAAAGAAGGAACCCGCCACCCACUCGUGGCUGGCUGAGAUCCCACCGUGGGUGCCCAAGGACAGACCCCUGCCACCUGCACCUCUCUCCCCUGCACCAGCGCCCCCGAGCCCGGUCCCUGGCUCACGCACCCCUGCGCCCUUCUCCUGGGGCACUGCCGAGUAUGACAGUGUGGUGGCUGCGGUGCAGGAGGGGGCAGCUGAACUGGAAGGCGGGCCAUACUCCCCCCUUGGGAAGGACUACCGCAAGGCUGAAGGGGAAGGAGAAGAAGAAAACCAGGCCAGGGCUCCUGACAGCAGCCCCAGCAGCUCAAAGGUUCCAGAGGCCAGCAAGAGCCAUGCUAGCAAGGGGCCUGAGCAGACAGAGCCAGAGCAGAGAGAGCCCACGCCCUAUCCUGAUGAGAGGAGCUUUCAGUAUGCCGAUAUUUACGAGCAGAUGAUGCUCACCGGGCUCACCCCUGCGGGCCCCACCAGGGAGCCUCCUCUUGGAGCAGCUGGGGAUUGGCCCACACACAUCUCAACCAAGGAGGCGGCUGCUGGCCGAAACACAUCAGCAGAGAAGGAGCUGUCAUCUCCUGUUUCACCCAAGAGCCUCCAAUUCGACACCCCGUCUUUCAGCUACGCAGCUCUGGGGGGACCCCCCGUACCACCUAGGCAGGAGCCUGAUGCAGGGCCAAGUGUGGAGCCCAGCCUCACCCCCCCUGCCCUACCCCCCCGUGCUCCCAUCCCUCCGAGGAAAGGCCCAAGCCCCCGUCUUAAUGGUAGCGUCCUGAGCGGUAGCCCAGAUAGGAAAACCCCAUCCCCCAAGGAAUCAGGCCAGAGUCCCUGGGAUGACAGCACUAGUGACUCAGAGCUCGAGAAGGGGGCUCUGGAGCAGCCAGAGAAAGAGGCCCAGUCCCCAAGUCCCCCCCGCCCCAUUCCCGCGGGGCUCCCUAAACUGUGGCCUGAAAGUGAGGCAGGUGCCAGUCCUUCCUCAAACGCACACCAGGCUCCUGCCCCACCCAGCCUGGACUUCCCUGCUUCAGCCUUCGGUUUCUCCUCAUUGCAGCCGGCCCCUCCACAGCUGCCCUCUCCAGCUGAACCCCGCUCGGCACCCUGCGGCUCCCUCGCCUUCUCUGGGGACCGAGCUCUGGCGCUGGCUCCAGGGCCCCCCACCAGAGCCCGGCAUGAUGAGUACCUAGAAGUGACCAAGGCCCCCAGCCUGGACUCCUCACUGCCCCAGCUCCCCUCACCCAGCUCUCCCGGGGCCCCUCUCCUCUCUAGCCUGCCACGACCUGCCUCACCAGCCCUGUCCGAAGGCUCCUCCUCCGAGGCCACCACCCCUGUGAUUUCAAGUGUGGCCGAGCGCUUCCCUGCCUGCCUGGAGGCUGCAGGACAGGGGUCUGCAGGGCUGGUCCCAGGAAUGGAAGCAUCUGCCCACAGCCUUUGGGACCUUACUCCUUUGAGCCCAGCACCUCCAGCUUCACUGGACUUGGCCCCAGGUGCAGCUCCAGCUCCAAACUUGCCUGGAGACACGUUUGAUGGCACCCCGCCCUGCCGCCGGGAGUGCUCAGUGGCAGCCACCAAGAAGCCAGACUCCUCCCAGGAUCCCUCUGGAGAUUAUGCCACCAAUGGCCCCACUGAAACCAGCCCCAGCACCCCAGGCCUUGCCCCAGCCAAGGAUGAGAAAAAAGAGGCCGAGGGCUGCCCUGCCUGGGAGCGGGGGGCCUGGCCUGAGGGGGCUGAGAGGAGCUCCAGGCCUGACAGUCUGCUGUCCCCUGAGCAGCCACUGUGUCCUGGAGGGGCCUCUGGUGGCCCAUCUAGAAGUGGCUCCCCUAAGAUGGAGGCCGGGCCCCAGGGGUGUGCUUCUGAGCCCCGGCCCCACUGUGGGGAGCUCUCCCCAUCCUUCUUGAACCCACCUCUGCCCCAAUCCACAAACGACAGUGACCUCUCAACCGAGGAAGCUCAGCUGGUAGGAAGAGGAAGCUCAGCUGGUCGGGAGCGGCGCGGGGCGGGGGGCCCUAGGGCCACAGGGGGCCCAUGUCCCGUGGCAGAUGAGACACCCCCGACCUCGGUCAGCGACUCAGGCUCCUCACAGUCAGAUUCUGACGUUCCGCCAGAAACCGAGGAGUGUCCAUCCAUCACAGCGGAGGCAGCCCUCGACUCAGACGAAGACGGGGACUUCCUGCCUGUGGACAAAGCUGGGGGGGUCAGUGGGGUGCACCAUCCCAGGCCUGGCCAUGACCCACCUCCACUCCCUCAGCCAGAUCCCCGCCCGUCCCCUCCCCGUCCCGAUGUGUGCAUGGCAGAUCCUGAGGGGCUCAGCUCAGAGUCUGGAAGGGUAGAGAGGCAUCGGGAAAAGGAGAAGGCACAGGGGAGAGUAGGGCGCAGGGCCCCAGGCCGGGCCAAGCCAGCAUCUCCUGCGCGGCGUCUAGAUCUUCGGGGGAAACGCUCACCCACCCCGGGUAAAGGGCCUGCAGAUCGAGCGUCCCGGGUCCCACCCCGGCCACGCAGCACCCCCGCAGACGAGAAGGAUGGACACAGCCCCAUGUCCAAAGGCCUAGUCAAUGGACUCAAGGUAGGACCAAUGGCCUUGGGUUCCAAGGGCAGCUCCGGUGCCCCUGUAUAUGUGGAUCUCGCCUACAUCCCGAAUCAUUGCAGUGGCAAGACGGCGGAUCUUGACUUCUUCCGACGAGUGCGUGCAUCCUACUAUGUGGUCAGUGGGAAUGAUCCUGCCAACGGCGAGCCAAGCCGGGCUGUGCUGGAUGCCCUGCUGGAGGGCAAGGCCCAGUGGGGGGAGAACCUCCAGGUGACUUUGAUCCCUACCCAUGACACAGAGGUAACGCGCGAGUGGUACCAACAGACUCAUGAGCAGCAGCAGCAGCUGAACGUCCUGGUCCUGGCUAGCAGCAGCACUGUGGUCAUGCAGGAUGAGUCCUUCCCCGCCUGCAAGAUUGAGUUCUGAAAAAACUGCUCUCCCUUCCCCAAGGAUCUGCUUCCCCGGCUCCCUUAGAGAAUGGCUACUGCUGCGUCUUUGGGGUUUGGGGACACGGGAGCUGGGGAGGGAGAGGGCGGGGGACAGGGCGUCUUGUGGGAACUUGGGCCGGGCUAAUUGGGAAGGGUUGUCCCUUCCCCUCAUCCAUACUUGAGAGGAGUCUCAAAACCAAAGGUAACAGGAUGGGGAGAGGGCACAAAAUUAGGAUAGGAGGUCAUCUGAUGCCCGAGAACUCUGGAGUGACACCUCUCCCAGCACUGCCAAAUGCUGGGAUUGCAUGGGGAUUAAGGAUGAAUCUGAGAGUGCAACCUCCCCUCUCAUGGAAGAUCAUACCCACAACCCCAGGGACCUCUUUAUCUCUAUCUAUUUAUUUAGCAUCCCAAGGAUUUCCAAUAGUAACUUAUGUGACCUGGGGGUAGGAUACUGUCAGUGAGAUGCCUAGAGCUGCACCCUUCACCUCCCAUCCCCUUACCCACCAGGGUCUGGGUUCCAGCAGAGGUCUGGGGGUACACUGCUGCUACACUGUCCCACUGCUUCCCUCCGUACCUGAAUGUCUCAACCCAAAACUUGAAGCAUUCGACCGACAGACUGGUGAGAGAAGAAAGAGCUUACCCUCCCAGUCCCUGCUUCAUACCAUUCACACCCCAGAGUUGUGCCCAGACCAGGCCUACUGGACAGCACAAAGGGGCAAGGAGAGCCCAGCCCCAAACCCAGAAUUUUCCAAGCUCCCUGACCUUUUGAAGUUUUCACCUACCCAUUCCAAUGAUCCUGAUCCCUUCUCACCCCCUGCUUGGCUUUUCUGCAUGUGGUCAUCUACUGUGGCCUGGUGUGUAAUGGGUUAAAAAUAAGCCACUGCCGCACAUCCCAACAUCUGACACCUCAGCAAUGUGUGACUCCCCAACAUUCCACUAUGCCAUCCUGCAGCUGAAAUGGGAACGCUGGCUGCCUUUUCGGCCCCAUACAGACUCUUAGAGAGGAUCUGGGAGGGGGAGGUCAUGCCAGAGGACUCGGGGGAAAGGAGGAGGAGGAAGGAAAGGGAGAAGAAGCUGAGCUAAAAAGCUUAACUCCUACUGAGUGAGAUGAACACAGGCUGAAAAUACCAUCUCAGGAGAGGACCUCACCCCAAGCAAGCCAAUGAGCAGCCUUGCCAGACUACUGCUGGACUGAGGAAUCCAGACGCUCGUCAGGACUCAGCUUCUCUGCCAAAUGACUGUGUGGAAACCAAAACGAGCCUGCCUGUGUCCUUCCUAGCUCCCACCCAACCCGUGCUGCUGUGCUCUGCUUCUCCCCACACUUCCCUGCUGUAGUUCCCAGCUGCUGUAACAGAGCCGCCUUCAACUCUGACAAUAAAUCAAGCUCAUUACA